CGCCCGGGCUCUGGCUCCUCUUUCCUCACUCUGCUGGCCUCUGCUGCUGCUGGAAAAGUGUGACUAGGUCUGAGAGGAACCAGACCAAUGGCUUCUGUGCUGUCCUACGAAAGCUUGGUCCACGCUGUGGCCGGAGCCGUGGGCAGCGUGACAGCAAUGACAGUGUUUUUUCCUUUGGAUACAGCUCGACUUCGACUUCAAGUUGAUGAGAAAAGAAAGUCCAAAACUACACACAUGGUGCUUCUGGAAAUCAUUAGAGAAGAAGGCCUCCUGGCCCCAUAUCGAGGGUGGUUUCCAGUUAUCUCCAGUCUCUGCUGCUCCAAUUUUGUCUAUUUCUACACAUUUAAUAGCCUCAAAGCAGUCUGGGUCAAAGGUCAACAUUCUACUACUGGAAAAGAUCUGGUGGUUGGAUUUGUUGCAGGAGUGGUGAAUGUGUUGCUGACAACUCCACUCUGGGUGGUAAACACCAGACUGAAGCUGCAAGGGGCAAAAUUUAGGAAUGAAGAUAUUGUACCAACCAACUACAAAGGUAUUAUUGAUGCUUUUCACCAGAUCAUUCGAGAUGAAGGAAUCUUAUCUUUAUGGAAUGGCACGUUUCCCUCCUUGCUGUUGGUUUUCAAUCCUGCCAUCCAAUUUAUGUUCUAUGAAGGUUUAAAACGGCAGCUUUUAAAGAAACGAAUGAAGCUUUCUUCUUUGGAUGUGUUCAUCAUUGGUGCAGUAGCCAAAGCGAUUGCCACCACGGUCACCUAUCCCAUGCAGACAGUACAGUCAAUUCUGAGGUUUGGACGUCACAGACUCAAUCCAGAAAACAGAACAUUGGGGAGUCUUCGAAAUGUUCUUUAUCUUCUUCACCAGCGAAUAAGACGAUUUGGAAUAAUGGGACUCUACAAAGGCCUUGAAGCCAAACUGCUGCAGACAGUCCUCACUGCUGCUCUCAUGUUCCUUGUGUAUGAGAAACUGACGGCUGCUACCUUCACAGUUAUGGGGCUGAAGAGUGCGCACAAACAUUGAGACACUUACCCUGCAGAGUGAGGAAAGCUUGAAGUUUUAUGUUCAUCCACAUAAGCUCCAAUCAAGUCAAGCCCCAAUAAAUUGUCAGCAAUGAGGACAUGCCUUGUAUUAAGGUAUUACAUUGUAUUUACAACUACCUGGUAAAAAUCAUAUAAUGGGGGAAGGUAGCAAACAUCUUGUUUAGGCUCUGGAAUAUUAUCUCCCUUUGCAAACUCUUGGAGGAGUCUGUAUUUUUUUUUUUUUUUUAACAAUAAACAUCUGAUAGAGAUUACUUCUAUUUGGAAACAUUUCUUAGAGUACUGCUACUCAAAGUGUGGUGUGUCGAGCAGUAGCAUUGCCAUCACCUGGGAUUUGAUUGGACAUGUAGUCCCAGACCUUCUGAAUUAUAUUCUGCAUGUUAACAGGACCUAUAGGUGAUUCACACUCGAAUUAAAUUUGAUAAACCUUAGCACACCUGACCCAACAGAAGGUAUGAUUGUUUUCAAUUAUAGAAACCAAGACAAAUAUUUUUCUCGAAGGAAAGAUGGACUAAUGUAUUAAAACAACCUCUGAAAAACCAGGAGUCAUAUGUCGUCAUUUGCUUUUUCAUCAUAGCACAGGUUAAGGUGGUAUUAUGUAGCUAGGAGUGAAUUUAGACAUCUCAUGACACUCAAGAAACAAACUCUUGACAUUAGUACAACAGCUCUUUGGGUUCCGAUGACUUAGUUUUUGUCCCUAUAACAAAAUGACAGAUUUAUUUAUUUAUAAUAUGUU